AUGGCGUCUAAACACGAAGAAGUCCCUGAAAUGGAUUCCAAAGCCGACGACUUCCAUGCGAGGGGUGUAAUACACAAGCUCUCCGUGGAUAAGAUGACCCCUCAUGAUGAAGAGAUAGGAACCAACGAACGAACUAAUAGAGGCUUCAAACCGCGCCAUGCCCAGAUGAUCGCUAUCGGAGGCGCCAUUGGCACAUCACUAUUCUUAGGAACAGCGCAGGUUCUCCGCUACGGGGGGCCGGGCUUCCUUCUCAUAACUUACGGGAUCCUCUGCGUCAUGGUGUAUGGUAUCAUGACAGGAAUUGCCGAAGUCGCAACCUAUCUACCCAUUCCUGGAGGGACCAUGAGCUACUAUGGCAACAAAUAUGUGUCAAAAAGUAUGGGGUUCGCCUUGGGGUGGCUAUACUGGUAUUCCCUGGGAAUCUUGAUCCCAUAUGAGCUGACCGCAUCCGUCCUACUGAUCAACUACUGGAACGAAGCAAUCAGUCCAGCCGUCUGGAUCUCUAUCAUUGGCGCAGCCAUCAUCGCCUUGAACUUCCUUCCCGUCAAGUUCUACGGAGAAGCUGAAUUCUGGAGCGCUGGGCUGAAAAUCAUUCUGAUCUUCAUGCUGGUCAUGCUUUCGGUCGUCUUAUUCUUCGGAGGCGGACCGAAUCACGAUCCGCUCUACUUCCGAUACUGGGCUCACCCAGGCCCGUUGAAUUCCUUCAUCGCGGAGGGAGGUCCUGGGCGAUUUAUAGCUUUUCUCAAGUCCUUCGUGCUUGCCUCUUUCGCAUUCGUCCUGGCACCAGAGCAACUUAUCGUUACCGCUGGCGAGAUGCAAGCCCCGAGACAUAACCUGCCCAAAGCAUCUCGGCGGUAUCUUUGGCGACUCGUGAUACUCUUUAUUCCAACUGUUAUCGCAAUUGGUGUCGUCUGCCCCUUUGAUGAGCCCCGGCUCCAGUCAUCCGGCACGGCAAAAUCCCCAUUCGUCAUUGCUAUCAAGAAUGCUGGGAUCCCGGUCCUCGACAGCGUCAUCAAUGCUCUCAUUCUUUCAUCGGCAAUCACAGCAGGAAAUGCGUUUCUCUAUUCAUCUUCGCGGAAUCUCUAUUCACUGGCCGUGGCUGGGAACGCCCCAGCAAUUUUCAAACGCUGCAACUCAUACGGUCUCGCCUAUGUUUCGGUCGCAACAAGUGCUUCUUUCAGUCUACUGGCUUAUCUUAGCCUAGGAAAUCAAAGUCUCUUAGUCUUCAAUUGGCUCAUCAAUAUUACCAACACGUCUGGAUACAUAAGCUGGAUCUGCUGUGGCAUCAUCUACUAUAGGUACAGGGCCACCAUCGCUCACCACGGAAUUGUGUCGCCAUACAGAUCACGAAUCCAGCCUUGGGGAAUGCAUUUCGGUGUUCUAGGUUCAGUAAUCCUACUUCUCAUCAAUGGAUUUGAUGUUUUCUGGCCUCAAUACUGGAGUGCAAGUGACUUCUUGACUGCGUACAUCGGGAUUCCAGCCUUCCUCGUCUUAUACAUCGGUCAUCGAGCGUGUUAUUGGAAAGAUACUUGGGUUAGAAGGCCAGACGAAAUCGAUAUGCACGAGGGUUUGGCAGAGUUCCUGGAGGACGAGGAGGUCCAGAAGAGAACAGGAAUUGCUAGAAUUCUCUUUUCGAUUAUCGAAUAA